UAUGCACUUAGAUAUACAUUAUGUCUAGAUAUAAAUAGUAAAAACUAUGGAUCUAGAAAAAACAAAAUGACUUAUAAUUUGGAAUAAUAGAUGGAGUAUUUCACUGCCUCUAACCUGAUCACGUUCACAUCACCCUGCGCAUAUAUGUGAAAUUACAAAUGACUUUGUUAGUAAGCAUACUGGCUUGUAGCGAGGACUGAGGUAGUGUUAAUACGGUGAUGUACCGUAUUAGUUAUGCCCUGGCUGGUUGACACCUGUUGCUCAUAUCAACAUCACUGAAUGACUGAAUUGCUAUUGCUGUGCUGUCAGCCACCUGAUUCUGGUCAGCUGAAACCAGAGGAGUAGAGGACAGCGGUGGGUGGUUGCGUUUGCUGUGUCAGCACAACGCACUUGUAUCAUAACACAUAGUUGUACAGCCAUUAUAUUGGAGCAACCCAACUCAACCAAGGCACAAAAGCAUGCUUAGAAUUAAUGAUAUCCAGUUUGUUGAGAAGUUAUCCCCAAAGCAUCUGAUCAACAGGGAAUAUAUAGUCCAGGCAUGCACUAGCUGUUGUUUACUCGAAGCAGACGAGUACGUCAGCUCUGGUCUUCAGAGACUGUCUUGAUGCUGUAUAAUACUGGUACAUUCUACUUGUGAAUUGUGAUACUUCAUAUAUCCGAUUUUCCAGUUUUGUAUUCCAGGAUACACGGAGUUGAGUAGGUUGGUGAGGUGGAAUCUCUACGUGCUGACCGCGUCGCACGUCUGUUUGUCUGUUCUUCUUUCUGAGAGAUUGCAGGUCCAGGUUUCUCACCGCUGCUGAGGCUGAAGCUGACUCCGGAGGCCGGAGGACAUAUAGUUUAAGCAUUUUUGCAGCAAGUGUGACACAUGCGCUCAACAUAAUUUUUUCAGCACAGUGUUGGGCUCUGCUAGCAAGGCCAUGUGAAGCUUAGAAAAGCCACUCUUGCAAGGACAAUCAAGCUUUGGUUAAUUUUCAGUGGUACAUAGCUUCCCAAUUAAACGUGAGAGCACGUCGAAGCUUGGAGCGGAUACCAUUGCUGACCAGCCUUGUUAAGAUGCCCGUGCAUGAAGGUUAUCUUCCCUGUACGUAGCAGUAUAGCUUAUAUUAUUUAAGGUACGUACGGCUAACUAACUUAAGUAAUGUAUAGCUGUCCAGUGUACCACUAGUGCUCGUGUUUAGCUGGAUGCAAGUCGGUAAUUGUACCGAUUGUCCAUUAACACUAUUUUCUUCUACAAAACAGAAGAAUGAUGAGUAUGUGUACUUCAUGGUUAACUGCACAUUUGAUGCCUAUCUUUCUCCAAACAUAUUUAAACUGUUUGGAACUCAGAAUUGACCAUUUGAGCACAUUGUCUUUCAGGAAGCCAGAUAAACCAGAUUGGUAAAUGUCACAGGAAGGCAGUCUCUUAGGUGGCUACCUGUUACACAUAGGAUAUGACAUUAUUUUGCAGACAUUUUCACACCAGCAUAUGCUAGUCUCCAUACGUCCCAAAUUGUAAGUCGUUUUAGCUUUGUUCUAAGUCAAACUUCGCCAACUUUGAUCAACUAGUUUCUACAAAGAUGCACAAACAUCUACUACAUCAAAAUAUAUUUAUUAAUACACUGUGAAAUAUAUUUAGACGUGGGUUCAUUUGAGAUCGUAGAUGUCAGUAUAUUUUCUUUUAUAAACUUGGUAGUCUGUGCAUGCAUGACAAUGAAGUUUUUCCUCUAUGCAUGCAUAUGUAUCGAUCUUUAUUUCUUCUAUACUGCACAUGGGCUUGAAUAUUAUGUAUGGGGACGGAAGUCGAGAUUGCUCGCUAGCUGUUAAUACUUCAUGCGUGCACUGGCAUCCAGCUUUAAAAAAUAGCUUGCCAUCACCUAGCUUAGCCAGCUCUGAGGUCCUUCUACCUCUUAUUUUAUAUUGUAACAAUGCACACAAGCACGAAGUGGCUUUGAAUGCCACGUGAAGAGGAUCCAUCUGUGGAGGAGUAUGUGUGUAAAUUAGUGGCUCUCUCUUCACCACAACAUGGGACACCCGUAUGCUGCGGCGGCUCUCAAGCUGCCUGUGUCACUAAUUACUGCUGCUUGCCUUAAUAAGCUGAACUGAACAGAUAAUUAUGCAAGUAUAUGUCUGUAACCCUAAGUAGCAGCAUGCGUCAUGCCAUCCAUGGCUGUCCUCGCUGGUUAGAGGAUUAGACCAACUUGCUGUCAUAAGCUCCAGAGGCUAGUAACACCUGCUAUGCUAGCUUCUUCAGAACUCUCUCUAUAUAAGUGGCUGCCGGCCUACACGUUUCAUGCAUAGCCAGAUCGAGCUAGGCAUCCCAGCUAGCUAUCCAGAACGGAAACCCUAGCUGUUUAGUCCUUCUCCAUCUCCUAAACAACGAUUACACCGCUCUCACGCUCAGUGACACGAAGCUAGAUAGCUAUCUAACUCAGUCCAUCGAAGGAUUAAUUAGAUGGCUCAGGCGGCAAGCAAGCGCAGUGCUUUGCUCCGGCCAGUGAUGUACGAGGAUGAGCCUUCCUCAAUGUCCCUCGAGCUAUUCAGCCACGGUAUCGUCGUGGACGGUGACGAGGCUGACGGUGGCUCUGCUGCGGCAGCCCUCUCGCUGCACCUCGCUUUCGACGACGACAACUUCAAGGGCGGGUGUGACGCCUCGGCUGAUUACUACAGCAGCUGGGCUGCCUACGAUGGCUCGGGCGCCACAUCCAGCUCGAGCUCGUCGGUGCUCAGCUUCGAGCAGGCUGGCAGCGGCGGACAGCAUCACCUGGCCUAUGGCGAAGACGGGUGCGCUUUCUGGAUGGACCCAGCCGCUGGCAUGGUGGAGCAUCCGGCACAGCAGCAGCGCAGAUCCGGCUGCAACUUCGGACUCAUCGUCAGCCCAGGAAGCUCGCCUGAUGAUGCCGGCUUACACAUCCAGGAGCCGGGCGCCGUCCAGCUGCCGGCUAAGCCCCCGCACAAGCGUGCACGCCGGGAUGGUGAAGUGCAAGCGGCAGCGGCGAAGAAGCAGUGUGGUGGCGGGGCCAGGAAGAGCAAGGCCAAGGCUGCUCCUGCUCCUACCAAGGACCCUCAAAGCGUAGCUGCAAAGGUUCGAAGAGAGAAGAUUGCCGAGAAGCUCAAGGUCCUGCAAGAUCUCGUGCCCAAUGGCACCAAGGUGGACUUGGUCACCAUGCUAGAGAAGGCGAUCACCUAUGUUAAGUUUCUCCAGCUGCAAGUGAAGGUGUUGGCUGCCGAUGAGUUCUGGCCUGCACAAGGAGGCAAGGCACCAGAGCUCUCUCAAGUGAAGGACGCCUUGGAUGCCAUCCUGUCAUCCCAGCAGUACCCUAAAUAAUGAGCUCGUGCACUGCUGCGUUUUAGUUUCUCUAGAAGCCUAAUAAGAUGGUAAAGUUGUUAAUUAGGAGAUCUAUCUAUGCAUGGUGUAUGGCCGGCGAAGAACAGGCCAGCAAACAAAUUAGUACAGGAAACAGGACAACUUCUGAAGAGAGUGACGGUUAAGUUAUUGCCUGAAGUUAAUUUAGCGGUGAAUAAUAUUUCAGUCGUAUACUAGUAUGGUCGAUCUUUUUUUUCUCAAUCCUUUUUUCAAGAUAAUCACAUCUUGUUUUGUAUCACAGUUACGUUAUCUGAAUAUAUUCGACCACUUGAUUAGUGAAAAUGUACAUACAUAUUUGUCUCC